AUCGAGAUACAUAAUUAGCUCCCUUGAGAUUUUUGUAAUUACUCUGUAAGGGUGGAAAUUUGUGUAAAUAUGAUAAGUUAAGGUAUAUGUUUAUGUUAUUUUUCCAAUUGUUACAAAGUCCCAAAAGAAGAAAAAAAAUUGGGCCAUUCGAAUGGACUUAGAUCAAGCCCAAUUUCAUUCUAGGGGGCCCAAAAUUGAACCCAAAUUUGACCCGGUUUCAUCCUCGACAUCCAUAAUUUCUACACCCAAAUCCCUAAAUUCUCAUUUUCUACAAUCUAGCGUAAACAAAAUAUCUUUUUCGGAUCCUCUUGAGGACCUGAAAUUCAACCCGAACCGACCCGUUUCUCCCCCAAGCUGAUAAUUGAAGGACCUCGUGGAGAUGGCAACGUAUUUGUGGAGGAAAUAUGCAGAUUAUGUAUACACAAAAUGGGAAAAGACGCUCCUCUGGGAUAUGGUAGAACCAUUUAGGAGACCAAAAACGUUUACUCCUAUUGUUACAAUCUAUAUCUGUGCAUUUUAUACUGGGGUUAUUGGAGCAGCCAUCACUGAACAACUCUACAAGGAAAAAUACUGGGAAGAACACCCUGGGCAAGAAGUGCCUCUAAUGAAACCACUGUUUUAUGGCGGCCCUUGGAGAGUAAUGAGAGGCGACGUUCCUCCUAUGGGGAAGUUCGAUCUCUGAGAAACUGCAGUCAGUCAGAUAGUUAUUACAUAUCCAACCUUAGGCUUUGGUUCAUCGGUCGGUAAAGGCAGUACAACAAGGGAUGUGUGGCAGGUGCACGCGACUUCGACUCUUACCAGGGAAACAAGUCUAUUUAAGUGGAGACGAGUAGAAGGGCAGGACCAUUAUCUGCUUACUCCAGAACUGUGGAAUAAAAGCAAGGUACCCAUUUUUAUACAAUUGUUGUGCAUUUGUAUUUGACUAUCCUCUCAUGUAAAGAUUAUAAUACUAUAUGUUUUCAUUUAUAUUGACCUA